AUGGCCAUGUUGAACCAUGCCCGGGAAACAAAUGCCAUCGAGGAGUCUGUUCUUGUGGAGCGACAUGUGUGCCGCGGCGUACCUUGUUGCUGCCAAAGUGUACUUCUGCAUGCUGCUCCUGAUCGGCAACCUCUCUUUCAACAAAAACUUCAAGAAAAAAUUCCAUCUGCUCACCAGCAGCCUCACAGAGCUGUUGAUCAACCUCAGCAAGGUCAACAUGAAGGUUUUCUUCCCCGGCUGGACGCUUCUUGUCCUUGCAGCCUGUCAAAGCUGCACCCCUUCGGGCGAGGAGGUUCGGCAGCAGAUCAUGGGCAUUUUCCAGACGCUGGAGCUGAAGUGGCCCCUCAGCACCAUUGCAUUGCUCAAGGACGCCGUGCAGUCGAUCUGGGUGCUCUAUGA